AUGGCCUCAAACGAUAGAAAGCAAUCAGGUGUUGCCCGUCUCCUAGGUUCUGCCUCUGCAGGUAUCCUAGAAAUCGGUGUAUUCCAUCCAGUUGAUACCAUCUCUAAAAGAUUGAUGUCCAAUCACACCAAGAUUGGUAACUCUCAUGAGUUAAACCGUGUUAUUUUCCGUGAACAUUUUAGCGAACCAUUGGGAAAGAGAUUAUUCACCUUGUUUCCUGGGUUGGGUUAUGCAGCUUCCUACAAGGUCUUGCAAAGAGUUUAUAAGUACGGUGGGCAACCAUUUGCUAAUGAAUUCUUAAAUAAGCACUAUAAAAAAGAUUUCGAUAGUGCCUUUGGGGAGAAGACUGGUAAGGCCAUGAGAUCUGCUACUGCUGGUUCCUUGAUUGGUAUUGGUGAAAUUGUCUUAUUGCCAUUAGAUGUCUUGAAAAUUAAGAGACAAACUAAUCCAGAAGCUUUCAAAGGUAGAGGGUUCGUUAAGAUCUUGAAGGAUGAAGGUAUAUUUAAUUUGUAUAGAGGUUGGGGCUGGACUGCUGCUAGAAAUGCACCAGGUUCCUUUGCUCUAUUUGGUGGUAAUGCCUUUGCUAAGGAAUACAUCUUGGGUUUAGAAGAUUACUCUCAAGCUUCCUGGAGUCAAAACUUUAUUUCAUCCAUUGUAGGUGCAUCAUGUUCUUUAAUUGUCUCAGCACCAUUGGAUGUCAUUAAGACCAGAAUUCAAAAUAGAAGUUUUGACAAUCCAGAAACUGGGUUGACUAUUGUGAAGAAUACUUUCAAGAAUGAAGGUAUCACUGCCUUUUUCAAGGGGUUGACUCCUAAAUUAUUGACUACUGGUCCCAAGUUAGUGUUUUCCUUUGCUCUUGCUCAAUCUUUGAUUCCAAAGUUUGACUCUUUAUUGAGUAAAUAA